AUGGUGUCAGCGUCGGCCAAAAGUAAAGAGGGCAAGAGUAAGGGCAAGCCACGUGGGUUUCGCAGGGACCGGGAUUGUAUCACCUGCAAAUAUCGCGGCGUCAAGUGCGAUCUGAACAGACCUGCCUGCGGUCCGUGUCUCCAGGAUGGCGUUGCUUGCCAGGGCUACGUAAACCGAGUCAAAUGGGUUGGUGGCUCGACCUCGUCCUCAUCAGCCAAGGCCCCCGAUGCUGUAGCACAGGAUCCGGUACAGUACCAGCCGGCAUUGAGCACAGGCACAGGCACAGUCCUGUCCCUGGACACAUCGCCUGAGCUGCAGCUGCUCACCUCCCCAUCCUCGGUCGCCUCCAAUCAGCUUGCUUCGCCCGUCGACCAGGCCAAACAAGCAUUGACUUCACCGGACUCGCUCACCACGCAGAAUGAUGACAAUCCCGGUUGGACCACAGGGAUCGCCAACUACCUACGCUACUUCACCUCACAAUACACCCAAGCCCGUGCCAACCACGAUCCAGAGAAGGCCCCGGAUGCCGAAUACACCGGCUUCUUCGACGUCUGGGCUUUUGCGUGGAAGCGCAUCAGCUCGCGCAUGAACGGUGGCAAUUUCACCGAUGGUCUCGAUCAAGAUCUUCUCUACUCCAAUGCUCUCCAGGGUCUCAAGCGUUCCGUCGAAAGUGGUGAUAUCCUCGCCGUGUUCGGCAUCACCGUCUUCGCCUUCCUCGAUGUGAGGGAGGGUCCAUUUGGAUACUGGAGUCGACAUCUGCGCGGUGCUCGUGCACUUCUAGACGUACACUGCCAGAAUUGGGGCCAGCUCUCAAACCUCUAUCAGUCCACUCCCGGACUGAAACAAGCCAUAUCGCUCCUGAACUGGUACGACGUCAUGGGCGCUAUUAUACACAAGGACCGUCGAUUGGUCUUUGAUGACUUCCACCGUGUCGAGAUUGACCCUACCCUUUUCGAACUGGUCGGCUGUCCUCGUGAGACCUUCUUCGUCUAUGUCAGGAUCGCCGAAGGCCACAUGUCGGAGCUCUCUCAUGAGACCUAUCACACCAGCCUGGCACAGCUGCUGCAGCUAUCCCACAGCAUGCAUGAUGAAACACUCCUCCUUCAAGACGCAUGGAGAUACGCGUCUAUCCUGGUGGCUUUGGAGGAGCUAUACCCGGAUGCCGAAACCGAAGCCGGCAACACCUCGACAGUCAUCGCAGACAAAAUAUGUGACCUGCUGGAGUUGAUUCAGCCACGAUCAGCAGCCUACCUCCACCUGCCUGUUGCGGUGUAUUUUGUUGGUAUACAUGCAGCGACCGAGCGACAUCAUGAAGUUGUGAGUCGUUUCUGGGGCUAUUUUGAUUCGAACCCAAUACCAUCGUAUCCGAAUGCUCAAGCCAUGUGUGAUGCGAGGCGGCAGCGGAGGCGCUCAAGUCUUGUCAAGCUAUAUGCUUCUUGA